AUGUGUAGUAUUGUGUGCGAUGCGGAGGUGACCGCUCUGCCCAGUUACCUGGACGUGGCCUUCUUCGAGGAAGUGCUGGAGACCGCCCUGCGGACGGCGAAGGUCCAACCGCUGGCCAUUCACAUACGAAUGGGCAGCAGCACGGGAGAGAACUACUGCAGCCAGAUUUUCCGGGUGAAGAUAUCGUUCAGACAUCCCGGCCAAGCGGAGCAACACCUUAUGUUCAUCGUAAAGCACAUUCCUCGCCUGGAUUCGGUGGAAUUUAUUGAGGACCUACAGGUCUACCUGAAAGAGAAGAUUACGUAUCAUGAGGUGCUGCCCCGGCUGGAGCUGCUGAUGCAGUGCAAGCGGCGCUUUGGACCCAAACUCUAUCACUGCAUCAAACUGCCGGAGAGCAGCUUGGUGUUCGAGGAUCUGGGUCAGUUGGGCUAUACAAUGGCCUCUCGUGAGCUGGGCUUGGAUGAGGACCAUUGUCGUCUGGUCAUGGAGCGCCUGGGUGAGUUCCAUGCCACCUCCAUGGCCCUGGCGGUACUGGACCCCCAUAUUUUCGAGGCCUAUGGUGAUGGAAUGCUCUCACCGGAGGGUCUAGCAAAGGACGAUGGUCUGUUGAUGCGCUUUUUCUCGGGCAAUGGCCAGGAACUCCACACCCUAGUGAGCUCUUGGCCCGGCUACGAACGCAUCGCUGACAAAAUCGGAAAGUAUAUGCAAGACCAACGAGCCAAUUUAGUCCGCAGUCAGGCCCCGCAGGAGAAGGAAAUCAAGGUUCUUAACCAUGGCGACCUUUGGGUUAAUAACUUCCUCUUCAAGUACGAUUCGGCGAAGCGGCCGCAGGACAUAAUCUUCAUCGACUUCCAGCUGAGCGUGUGGGGCAGCCCGGGCAUCGACCUCAACUAUUUCUUCUAUACCAGCCUCAACCUCGAGGUGCUUCGCCACCGGCGGCCCCAGCUCCUACGUACGUACCAUGCCCGCCUGUCCGACACGCUGCUAAGCCUCGACCUAGGUGUACCUGUGCCCAGCUACGAACAGAUCCUGGAGGAGGUGAAUCGCCGCGAGGCCUACGGCUUCUUCGCCAGCUACGGCAUCUUCCCUACUGUUAGCCAGGACAAGGCCCAGACGGCCGACAACAACCUGGAGAACUUCAAGGAUGCGGACUUUGCCAAGCAAAAGGUGCGUCAAAUGUUUGGGUCGCGACGACUGGCGGAUACCCUUCGUUACACGCUGCCACACUUUGAACGCGCCGGCGUACUGGGUUGACUUACUAAUAGGACGGUUUACUUGUUUUAGUCAAAAGGAUUAUAUUGUUGUAGCCAUAAAGACGAGUUUAUUGUUA